AUGCACAUACAAGAAAUAAAAGAGGAGAAUCCAAAGCCGACUCUGCAGCUCAAAGUCACAGACCAGACGCAGAAAACAUCUACAUUUGUCAUGAAGAAAAAGACAAAGCUGAGCAAGCUCUUUAAAGAGUACUCGGAGAGAGCAGAGCUCAACGCGCACAAGCUUAGAUUCGUGCACAAAGGCGUAACUCUCAGCGGUGAAGACACGCCAGAGUCUGUUGGCCUUGAGAGCGGUGAUUUACUCGAGGUCUUUAGCUCGCAGGUAGGAGGAGGUAUUUGUGUAUAG